CACAGAUAAAAAGUGGUAGGUAAUGGGUGGUGUGGCAUUUUAGCGUUUAAUUAAACACUACGCAACCCAAAGUCAAUCUUUGAUGGAUUUUACACAAAAUUUAGGUACAUAUUUUAUUAAUGAACUGAAAAAACAACUUUCAGUCCGCGUGUGGUUUGUUUUAUUUUCUCUUUGAAAGUUUUGACAGUGACAUUUCAUUUAGUGUACUUUUUCGCGGUUGUAUCUAUAUCAACGAAUAAAAUGACAUUUAAUUAUCUCAACAGCUUUAUUAUAACAAAAAGUGAAUAAUAAAAACAACAAUUUACUUUUGAGACGUUCACUGUUCCAUGCUUUGAUCAAUAGGUUGAUUAAAAAAAUCAGUAACAAAAUAUGUUCAACUCGUAGGUGAGUCAAGAUGACUACAGAUCUCUGCGCUGAAGAUGUUGUUAUACAAAUGAGUCCUCAGGUUGAAAUGACAACCGAGGCGGGCGGGGAAGUGCGGACCGGGACGGGGGCCGGGGGCGCCGCCAGCGCCUCGCUGGAGCUGGGGCGACACCUGCUGGUGGCGGCCCGCGACGGGCACACGCAGCUGGUGCUCGACCUCAUGGCCAAGGGGGCGCCCUUCACCACCGACUGGCUGGGCACGGGGCCGCUUCACCUGGCGGCGGGCGGGGACCACGCGCACACCGCCGGGGUGCUGCUGCGGGCCGGCGUGUCGCGGGACUCCCGCACUAAGGUGGAACGUACACCGCUUCACGUGGCCGCGCACGCGGGUCACGCGGAGUCGGCGGGGGUGUUGUUACGUCACGGGGCCCUCGUGGACUGCCGCGACCUGCUGCGGAUGACGCCCCUGCACUGGGCCGCGGACCGGGGCCACGCCCCACUGGUCAGCCUGUUGAUCCAGUACGGCGCGGACCCGGCGGCCGUCUCCAAGUUCAACAAGACUCCCGCCCAGCUGGCCAUGAGGAGGGGACACGCGGCGAUAGUGGCGAUGCUGGAGGACGCGGUGCGACAGCGGGAGGCUGCCAGAUCUGUACGCGCGCUGGUCGAAGAAAGAUUAGCGGAGGAACAACCCACUACUGAUCCCCUGACAUUAUACAAAGAAAAUGUUGUCGAAAAAAUUCCAGAAAUAAUAACAACGACAACGGCGACAGAGGUACCGAAACAUUGCCACAUAAAAGCGACUAAAGUGAAAAAAGCUCCAGAGAAACCGGCGAAAAUGGAAGAAAAGUUACAGGAAACCGUGAAAGAGGCCAUCGAACAGCGCGGGGAUUCCGGAACCGGAAACGGAAACGCGGCCGCCAUACUGCGCCGACACGGGAUCACUCUCCUGCCGCCCGAUACCGGCGGGACUGUGCUGCGCGCGCUGCAGGGGGGGCGGACUGUCGUACUGUCAGACGCGGGUAAACUGAUGCUACAGGAGAGUAAUGCAGUUCGUCAGGCCGCGAAAGAUACACAUCCGCCCGCUAAGGUGAAACUCAUCCAAUUACCGACGGAACCUAGAACAGCAGUAACGACAGUGAGACGAGUGACAAGCGCCCCAUCACCGCCUACUUCGGCCAAAUCUCGUCCCCCAGUCAAAAUCAUCAUGAACAAAUCCAAUUUCCAACGCCUCGUAGCCGGCGUACAGAAACCUAAACAAAACAAUAAUACUGAACCGCUGACUAUGACAGUGGUCAAUGAAAAUACUAUGAACAAUGAUGAAGUAGCCACGUUGAAGUCGCAACUAGCUGCUUCGCAAAGAACAGUCGCAAGACUCACGGAAGAAUUGAAGAAUUGUCGCGCGAGACUAGCGCAAUAUGAAGGGCAAUGACCUGAAUGCAUCUAAGGUCAACGACCCCUGCGUUAUAAAUUAAACACAGAAAAUGGACUACAUUCGCGAGAAAUUUAAAACCUACUGGAACUAAAAUUUGUCGAUUCUUCCAAGCACAAGGUCCGCGCUGAUGGCGUAGCUUCUAGACAUUCAUGUGUGCUUGUAACAGCCUAAAGUGAAUAACUAUUUUUGAAUUUAAAUUAAUAAAGAGACAACAAACCACUGAUGCAAAUAUGAACUAUAAGCAUACCUAUCGGUUUGUCUCUCUCACUUGCCUUCCCAGUUUUAAGUAAAUUGGUUGGCGAGAGCUCAAUCCAUCGGUGUCGAUUCUGGCAUGCAUAACUAAACUUAAAACUUAAUUUAACAUCAGUCUCUCCUUGUCAUUGUGUACACUGUAUGUCAAGGAUACACUGGUGUCGAUUCUAGCAUGAUUCUCUAAAACCAAACAACAGUGUAUCCUUGUCAUUCUCUAUACAGAAUAAAAAGGAGAGACUGAUGUUUAAUUUAUUUAGUUUUGUUAAGUUUAGAGAAUCAUGCCAAAAUCUACACCAAUGUUGUCAAAUUUAAGUUUAGGUUUAGAGGAUCAUGCCAGAAUCAACACCAUUCUCAGUGAUUCAACGACACUGCACUAGUCCCAUACAAACGCUGCGGGCCAAUGACCCCAUAGCUUAAAUAUUUUCAAAAGUUGUUGGGUUCGUACAACUUAAAGAACAUCCAAUUUGAAAUACCUUAAGAUACUGAAGAUUCAGUAAAUAAUAAAUGCUUCAAAAGUGAUAUCAGUGAUGAUUAUACUAUUUUCAAUAUCGAGAUUACAUUUUUGUAAUUCCGGCACUUCACUUGGUUACUCGUGUCUGAUAUUUGUAAACUUGAGAUCAGUCUGUCCUUUUCUUGCAUUAUACAACAUGAUACGGACGAACUAUGUCAAGUUAACAAGUAGCAAACGCAAAUAGUACAUUGACUAUUUGUGUUUGUGUGUUUUGUAAUAUAGGACUCCAAUCUAAGGACCUAGAGUAACUCGAAAUCACAUUGUUAGUUUGAUAAACCAUGUGGUUUAUAGUGGAAUGUAUAUAACUGUUAUAAGCGCAAUGUAAAUAAUAAUAACAAUUCAACAACAGGAAAUGAAAGGUUCUAUCUGAUAUUUCCUAAUGAUUAUUACAGUUGGAUUUGAACGUGUCCAAAAUCAAAUUGAUUACAGGAAAAGUAGAAAUUGCAUCACAGAAAAGAAAGAGUUCCAUUCAUUCCUAAACAAAUCUCAAACAAAAUAAAUAUAGUUUGUUUUUAAGAUUUCAUAACGUUUUCUACUCUAUUAUUGUUAAUUUUUCCUUGUAACGAUAUUCUAAUCAUAUAGGUAAUCUGAAUUUUUGUGAUGCAGUUUUUACGUUGCCCGUUUGAUAAAUAUUUGAGACAAAUCUCAUUGCAAACAUUAUUUUGUAUUUUUAUACUACAAAAAUUAAGCUCUCAAUUUAGUUUUAAGUACUUUAUAAAUAAUCUGUUAACUAAUGUUAAGGAAAUAAAAUUUACAUUAUUGUACUAAUUGGUUUUAUUUACAUCUAAGGAUUUAAUAUAUUACACAAGUCACAAUGAUGAUGAUAUUUCUAGAAUAUGUCAUUUCUAUUAAUGGCUUGAACCAUUUACUCGCAACCCCAAUUUAACCCAUUUGUGGUACACACAGCAAAAUUGUAUUCCUUGCACUAAGGAAAAAUACGAUAAUGGUGUCAAUUCUGGCGUGAUUCUCUAAACUUAAAACUAAAUUUAACAUCAGUCUCUCCUUUUCAUUCUGUAUAGAGAAUGACAAGGAUACACUCUUGUCAAAUUUAGAACAAUCAUGCCAGAAUCGACACCAAUGUAAUAUUUUUCCAUUCAACAUAAAAGUUUAUAAAUAGUGGUCCCAAUCGGUAACAGGGGUAAUACUAUGAAUAUCAGUAAUUCUGCAUUAAAUUUAUAUUAUUAUGUUUGGUAUUCAAUAAAUGAAACUUUCUUGAAGUUGUAUCAAUUCAAAGCAUUUUUAAUAUGACAAUACUUUUUUUUAAUAAGUUAAGUAUACUUAUUUAAUUUCAAACUCUUGGCUCAACUGCCACCUGGAUUACAGGAAAAAAAUUAGGCAGCAUUACCCAUGGGCAAAAGCUGUGGUGCUGGUGUUGUUAGACACAUUUUCAUUCACUUCAUGUUACUUGCAUCUUUGUUUUAUUCUAGUCCUUAUGAGAUACAAUACGCAAACACCUCACAAUGAAUCACCUUCCUUUUCCUCAGUAAUGUCUCGAUGGCCAUCUACAAGUAUCCCUGGCGGGUGCACGGGUUUAUAUAUAUAUGCCCGUUGUCUUUCCGUAAUAAACAAUGUUCGCCUGAAGGUACAGGUAAUUAAGAUUGAAAUACUAAUAGUCCCACUGCACUAGGGCUAACAUUAUAGCGUUGGCUUGCUAAAGAAUUUUGAUUUUCUAACACUGCUUUGCCGGUAGUGUCCCGCUAGCGCCAAGCGUUAGAAGCUAGUGAUUACGCUGAUAGCGCGCGCUUGUAGGGAGCCGCUAGUGAUUGCGCUGAUAGCGCGCGCUUGUAGGGAGCCGCUAGUGAUUGCGCUGAUAGCGCGCGCUUGUAGGGAGCCGCUAGUGAUUGUGCUGAUAGCGCGCGCUUGUAGGGAGCCGCUAGUGAUUGCGCUGAUAGCGCGCGCUUGUAGGGAGCCGCUAGUGAUUGCGCUGAUAGCGCGCGCUUGUAGGGAGCCGCUAGUGAUUGCGCUGAUAGCGCGCGCUUGUAGGGAGCCGCUAGUGAUUGCGCUGAUAGCGCGCGCUUGUAGGGAGCCGCUAGUGAUUGCGCUGAUAGCGCGCUGUCAGCACGUCUCGGAACUGCGCGAGGAUGGCGUUUUCUCUUUUAGCUCGUUCUUCUUUGCUGAAGGCGGCGAGCGCUCGUUUUUCGUCCGCGGAGUAGAUCUGGUUCUCUUUGCGGAUACGCACCGCCUCCAUGCGACGGUGUCUGGAAUGGAAACACGACAUAUCAAUAUGAACAAAUUCCAUUGAAAAAUCUUUCUUGCACAUUUGACUAUACAUAGGUAGCAGCAGUCGUUAUGAACAAUAAACAAUGGUAAAUACUUUUAAACAAUCAACUGCAAUUAAUUUCAUUUACCAAAUUAGAGAACUUUUAUGAUUUUCGAGUUAGCAGUAAUUCUCAUAUUUCUUUAAAAUACUUAUAUAAACAUUUCAAGCACUAAACAGAAAACAAAAUACGUAAUUUCGUAGUGAUCCAAAAAAUAUAACGAAAAUGAAAAUAAUUAUGAAAUGAUAAAUUAAUCGAAACAGCUGAACAAAUUCUCAAUCACAAAACUUUUCCCCGUGCCACAUAGCUCUUCUAAUAAACAACCAUAGAUUAUCGAUGUCAUGCUUUUAAUAUGUAAUAAUAAGAUUUACCAAAACGAACAGAAUAUUUUCAGAAAUUAAAAUAAGUCAAUGACUCAGGUAUGUCUAUUUGUAAGAAGUUUUUCUUGAAAUCGCAAAGAGCGAGUAAAGAACAUCGCGCAUGUAUAUAAGCGUCCAUACCUGCUACCGCUCAUAACGUAUCCGACGGCCUCGUAGCUGGCGAUCUCAUCGGAUGUGAGGCCGAUCUCCCCUCGGCGGGGGAUCCUCUUCCCGUCGGCCACGAAGGCGGCCAUCGCGGCGCCCUCGCCCGGCAGCAGCGCGCGACCGAAGUCCUUGUGCCCCAGCGACGGACCCGUGCGAGGCACCGGCCCGCAGGCCGAGCUGCUUAGCUCCUCCGUUUUAUGAGCUUCUGACUGCGAUUUCACCUUGGAGGAUUCUACCUCGUGCUCCUCUGAAAAUAUGAUUAUUCCGUGUGAUGUCCCUCCUGUUGGGGCACGAGCCUGCCAUGCGAUAAAGGUAUUGGGCCACGAUUCACAGGGCCACCCAGUGUGGAUUGGAGAGUGGCACUCGAAGGACAUUCCCCAUACAUUGAAUGCCCUAGAACGCACAGCGAUGAGAAAAAGCUAGUUGUGUUCGGAAUCAUUC